GUGGACGGCAUCAACGAGCUCUACCAGGGAGAAGUUGCCGACGUUGAGCGCAAGUUUCAGGCAGCGAUUGGCAUUGACGACAAGAAGCGCCUGGUAAGGCAGCUGAAGCCCUUCCAGCUGCUUUUCGGUACAUCGGCCGUUGAAUCCAGUCGGAUUUAUCAAGGCAGCCUCGUGGUCCCCAUGUUUGUUUGGAGGCUGGAUUGCUGUCAAGGAACUGGAUUUUACAAAGCGGGUCCCUCCUCUGGCUACUAUGAAGAAGAAGUAGUAGUGGUGGUGCUAGUGGUGGAUACCUCCAGCUGUCACCAGGGAACUUCCUUGUUGCAGCACGGAUCUCGCAAAGUCGCAUCGUCCAUCAACCGCCACGGUGCCGUCAGCAACAUGUCUUUGGACCCUGCGAAGUUUCGCCACUUUAUAGAGAGCAACUUGAACUUUGACACGAACAUGCGCUUGUGUUCUCUUUGUGGCGUGCCCUCUGAAGAGCGCGCGCCCAACGGCACCUUCAUACAGCGUACCGACUGUGGCAACCACAGCAUCUUCGAACACCCGGACAUGGCAUUUCGCCCCUUGAGCAGCUUCAUGAAAGAAGCCACAGAAGAGCAUAACGAAACCAAUGCCUGGUGCGAGUUUAACAUGGAGAAGGGCUGCGCUGAUGCUGUGUACAAUCAGGACUACAUGAUGUUUGCCAAGAGCAUUGAACUUCUGUCCAUGCCGCUUCUCGGCUACGCGCAGGCCUCGUUCGACCAGCAUUACUGCUACUACAAUGGCUGGCUGGAGCCUGAGAUCAAGGCAUUGCAGCAUGACUACCACGGCAUGACUGCCAAGGGCAAGGAGCAGUGUAAUUCAGAUCACCUCGUCAAACUCGGCUCGAAGGGCAACAUGACCUUGAUGGACAUGUGGCUGCACUACUAUCCGCACUUUCCGAGCGUGCCUGGCAGCCGCCCAUCCAUCGCCGACGCGCAGUUCAUCGCAGCAUGGACCUGUGCCAUGGGCACCUCGGCCUGCGACAUGGCAUACUGCGCCUACUCCUUUUGCGUGAAGGAGGACGGCAGCUUGGGUGCCUACUCUGAGUGUCCAGGCUGGGACCCUGUGAAGGGCAUGCCUGUGCAUCCCUGA